AUGAGCAAAGUACCAAAGCAAACAAAACGUCUCAACAGUGUUGGGGUGACUCAGUUAACCUUCAAUGGAAAAUACACAAGAGCAAAGAUAGAGAACAUUGCACAGCAGUACAGUAAUGCUCUCAACAAGUAUGGCGCCAAAGCAAAGAUUGAAGUUGUAAUGGCAUAUCCAAGCUAUCAAUUCAGAUCAGGUAUAUUCACAAAGGUUGGAGAACCAGUAAGUUUGUUCGAUCCACAUGAGUACGAUGGUGCACCAGUACCAGACGUUGACUCAUUCAAGAGGUUCUACUUGUUCAUCCACAAGAACAAUGAAAAGGCAGGAGGAUGUGAUGGUGAAUGGAACAACUGUCUCUACUACUGUCUCAAGGACAUGUACCCUGAUAAAGUAACCAAGGUAUUCAAAAAGGCUCACAAGCUCAAGAGGUUCUUGAAGAUUGAUGACGACAGUAAGAUAUCUCUCAAGCUCAUCCCAAAGAUUGAAGAGAAGCUAAACAUACGAAUCCAAGUCAAAGGCGAUCACAGUCACAUCUCAACAUGCAAGGCAUCAAGAGAGGUCAAUUUGAUCUUGAGCAAUGGACAUUACAAGUUGGACAAGGAAGGAGCAUUCAAGGUCAAGGGCAUCGCUCAGAAGUCGUAUGCCAAUGACAGAAUGAUGAAACCAGUUGCUUACAAAUGGUGUGAUGAGGACGUCAAGACCUACGAUGGCAAGGAAUACAGUACAAUGAGUAAGGAAGAGUUUAUCAAGGAGAAGAGCACUCUCAAGUACAAAUCUGACAUCCAGUUCAUCAAGAUACAGUCAGACAUGUCAUUGAAAGAGACACUCCAAUCAUUCAUCAAAGAUGCAGAUCAGUGUUUGAGACCGAGUUCGGAUAUCCGACAAACCGAGACCGAAUAA